GGCGUCCGCGGUAUGGGAGUUCGACAUCAUGUUCUGAAAUGGAUAUACGACGCUUGCGUUAUUAACUCAUUGAUUCAGAAGCUUUAAGGAAGUGAGAACAUGGGGCUAUCAGCGGAUGUGUGCCUCGCCGUCACACGGUACAUUGGACUGUACAUUAUUUUACUGUCAGGAACACGAAAUAUCUGUGAGGCUACGACCACCAUCCCCACCAUCAGCAGCAGCAACAUCGGCAUCAGCAGCAGCAACACCGGCAUCAGCAGCAGCAACACCGGCAUCAGCAGCAGCAGCGCCCCAGCCACAUCGUCAAAGAAAGCGACAAUGACGCUAUCAACAGCAGCAGCAACAACAACACCGGGGACCUCAACCUUACAUCUAUUUAGGAUAAACCUGAACACUUCGUGCGUGACUGGCCAGUUGUGGAUCAAUAUUUCACAAUUUAAUGAAACAGUAGGUUCUAAAGACGUCAACGGGACUUGUGAGGGGGAUACCGAAUUUAUCAAAACAUUUCUCGAUCAGCUGAUAAACGGCGUGAAACUGACCACAACUACACCACCAUUGCCCACAACUACACCUUCAUUGACUACAACUCCACUGACCACAACUACAACUGCACCUACUACGACUAGCACCUCUGAUGAUCACCCCACUGGGUCAUCUCAGGCCAGCACCAGCAGGGACGUCAACAGUACAUCAUCUACGACGACAACACUCGAUACAACUUCUACGAAAUCAUGCGAGGAACACCUACUGCAAGGUAUUGGGAUCGGAGCAGCGGCGAUGGCUCUUCCAUUCACAGUCAUACUUCUGCUGUGCAUCUUCAGACCUUCUAUCUGCUCGAAUCGUUGCCGCAAGAAAACGGAUGAUGCAUCCGGCACAGAAAAUACAGAAACUACAGUCAGCAGGCAACGUCUCCAUGACGACCGGAAUUCCUCAACAUCUAUAUGCGCUGACAGGGACAUGGGUGAGGGCAAUCUCUAUAGUCACUGCAUGAAGAUAAUAUAUUAUAUUAUAGAGGCUGGUGGUCUGUCCAGAGAAAGCUUUAAAGCAAUUUGA